AAAAUCUUUGAUUCCUUUCUCCGAUCUCUACAUGAUUCUUGAAGAUAUGAGCAGUGGUGGUGGAGAUAGAUUGAGAGAUUCAUGGAGUCAAGCGGAAGACACAAAACUGAAAAGCUUAGUAGAAUUACAUGGUGCACGUAACUGGUCAUUAAUAAGUUCAGGAAUACCAAACAGAUCGGGAAAAUCAUGUAGGUUAAGAUGGUGUAACCAGUUGAGUCCUGCAGUUCAGCAUAUGCCGUUUACGCCCGCAGAAGACGAGAUUAUCCUCAACGCGCAUGCUAGUCAUGGUAACAAAUGGGCUACUAUUGCAAGACUUUUGCCUGGACGUACUGAUAAUGCUAUUAAGAACCAUUGGAAUUCUACGUUGCGUAAGAGAUUCGUUACGAUGACUAGUAGCACUACAAAUGAGUCAUUGUCGGUUGUUUCUGUAUCGUCUGAGUCAGAAUCGAUGUUGCCGAAUACGAAACGUCCGCGUUUUAACAAUGAUGAUAUUGAUGAGAUUAGUAACGGCGGUCACCGGAGUUUGGAGGAGGAGCCAGUGACGUCUUUGACAUUGUCUCUGCCAGGAGAUUCUCGAAACCUGGUUACGGUUUCUAAGGCGCAAGAUGGUGCGACGGCAUGUAAAGAGGAUGAGAAUGAGGAGGUGGCGGUGGUGGUAGGAGGAGGAGAAGAGAAGAUUAGGGAUGAAAAUGACAUUGCCAAGGAACAGAAACCGAAAUUUGAUGACAAAGAAGAAGGGAUGAGGAUGACGCGGUCAUAUGAGGUUGAGAUGAAAGAGAUGUGUUUGAUUAGUAUUAUGCACAGAAUGAUCGUGGAAGAAGUCAGAAAAUACUUCGAUAAGAUACAGCCAGGGUUUCGGUGCCGGUUUGAUUCUUAAGGUCAUUUUAUGAUGCAAUCUACAAAUUGUUCGAAGAUUGUCAUUUACCUUUGUGUUUAUAGGUUGUUCUCUCUUUGUUUCUUUCUUUUAGAGUUUCUAAGCAAAAAAACAAACAUUCGUAGACAGUUCCAUGAAAAAGUUUUACGUGGUUAAAAAU